AUGAUUAAUUUGGAAAAUUUUGAUCAAACAAAAUUCAAAAAUCCCAUCCUUGAUAGGUAUGAUAUCUCCAAUACAAAAGUCCUCGAUCGAUUUAGGCUUGUCGAUUAAUUGGAAUCCUACCUCAAGAAUUAAUUUCGAUAAGUUUAUAAGAAUUAAAACAAAGACGACCAGAUUUGAAACUGGACAAGCAAGAUUGGUAGAAAUUCUGGGAACAUCAAGAUAUAAAAAGACAAUAAAAAUUAGAAGCCUGUAUUGUGACUAGAUAAUAAAUUAUUCAAGCAGGAGGCAUGUAAGGAUAUGAGCAUGAUGAUUAAAACUUUAAGAAUUCGAGAAUGUCAGAUCAAUAAAGUAAUGCUAUUGAGAGAGAGAAAAAGGAAUUGGAGAAGAUGAAAUAGAGACAAUAAAAAGAAAUAGAUUAAAUGUUGGAGUAUGAGCGGAGGAUGUAAGAAAUUAGAGAAAGAAAUGAAGAGAAAUAAAGAAAAUAAUUAGAGAAAUAAAUGAGAAGAGAACAAGAAUUAUAAGAAAAAAGGAUGCAAUAGGAAUUAGAAAAAUAAAUGAGAGAGGAAGAGAAAAAAAAGAAAUAAUAAGAUGAGGAAAGAUAUAAUAAGUAAUUAGCAAGUGAACAUUUCAGAAGAGAAUAAGAAAGAGCCAAAAUGGAAUAAGAAAAACAAAACUACUUAAAAAUGGAAGCAAAAAAGAAGGAAGAAGAGAGAAGAUUAAAAUAAAUGCAAUUCUAAUAAUAAACACAAUAAAUUUAAUAAUAAUAUGAAGAGGAAAUGUAGAGAAAAAGAUUGAUUAUGUAAUAAAAAGAAGUUGAUAGAUUACAAACUAUUGAAAUUUAGAGAUAAUAAAGAAUAUAAGAGUCACAACAAGCUUAACAGGAAUUGGCUAUAAAAUUAGUGAAUGCUAGAGUUAAAUAGGAGGAUCAAUUAAAUAAUAUGAAGAAGGUAUUUCAAAGUAUUAUUAUUAGUCUUUUGAUUUAAAGUAAUAAAAAAUUGAGUAGAGAAGAAGAGAAUUUGAGGAAAUGAAAAUGUAGAAGAUGUAUGAAAAUCAAAUACAAGCAUUAUAACAUUAAGAGAAAAUCAAGGAAGUUAUGGAAAAGAAUUAGAUGCAAGAAGAAUAAAAGAAAUAUGAUUACUUUAGUAAAUUAUAAGAAGUUGAAUAAAGAAAGGAAGAGUUGGAAAGGUUAAAGCAAUAAGGAAUCAUUUCCAAGAAAUAAUAAAUCUAUGAAAAAGAAUUAUAAAGACAAUAAGUAUUACAAAAUAAUGAGAAAUAACUGGAACAAAAGACUAAUGACUUUCUCAGGAAAUUUUAAGAAAAGGAAUAAUUAAUUUAUGAAGUAAACAAUAAUUCAAUUAUUUAAGAAAUAAUUCGAAAAAUAAUAAUUCUAACAUGAGUAAAAAGUAAAAGAGCUUUUAAAAGAAUAGGAUAAGAAAGAAGCAUUAGAAAGAAUCAUGAGGUAGUAAGAAUACGAAAAGGAAUUACAAAGAUAAAAAUUAUAAGAUAAAAUGAGAAGAGCUGAAAUAUUAUAAUUUGAGAAAAACUAAAUGUUAGAAUAAAGAAUGAUGAUUAAAAAAGAAAUAGGAUUUUAAAAAUAGGAAUUGAUGCAAAAAUUAGAGCUAGUCAAAUUAGGAAAACUUGAUCCUUCCGCUUUAAAUCCUGAUGGUAAUAAUAGUAUUAGAGCAUCAAAUAGUUUACAAAAUAGUUAUCAUAACGUUAGACGUAGAUUAUAAUAAUAAUAUUAAUAGCAUCAACUGCAAAAUAUUAAAAUACUCUUUCAAAUAAGGAUAUGCGUCAUAAUAUAAGACCCAAAUCAUAACAAUAAAAAGUCUUAACAAAUUCUUCAAAUACUUAAUUUGGUUCUUCAAAUUAAGGAAAAUUUACUAUGACCAACAAACACGAAAAUCAGAUGGAUUAACUAAAAGUUCGAUAAAAUUAAGAAAUGAUAGAUGUACGAAUUAGCUUAUACAAAUAGGUUUUAGAGGAAGAGUAGUAAUUGGAAUUUGAAAGAGAAUAAGCUAUGGCUAAUACAAAAAAUCCAGAAGAAUAAAAGAGACUAGAAAAACUAUUUUAGAUUGAAAGAAAUAAAACUAACUAAAGACUUGAUUAACUUAAGCGGUAGUUAUUAAUCAUAACUUAUUAGAGAACAUUAAAGAUAAUUGGAGGAAUUCAGAAACUAAGGCUGA